UGCUGUGUUGCUUUAAAAACCAGCAGUCAAACCUCUUUAAUUAUGUAUUCGGCCUUUUUCUAACAAAUACUGAAGUUUGACGCUCUCUUUUCUAAAAUUACACUCAGUUUAACCGCUCAAACACAAAAAUGAAGCCAUUCAAAAGAUUCCAUCAGAUUCGGGAUUGGCAUACUUCAAGAGGAACCCUGUUUGAAGACUGUGAAUUCCCUGCAUUCGGAGCUUCGAUUGAUCCUGCCGAUUCCGACUAUUUUAAUAGUGACCCGAGCGUUGUAUGGCUGCGUCCCAAAGAUAUUUUCAAAAAACCAGCUAUGUUUGUUGCUGGAGCAGGCGCAGGAGAUGUUUCUGCAGGUGAAUUCGGAGACUCAAACGUGGCAGCUGCGCUUUCCUUACUGCCCGACGACGAAGAUAACUUCAACAGAGUAUGUCCCAAAACACAGAACUUCAAGAAAAACUACUGCGGUGCAUUCCAGUUCCAUUUUUGGCAGUUCGGAAAGUGGGUCGAAGUCAUAAUAGAUGACAGGCUGCCCACUAAAGAUGGAAAUUUAAUGUUUUCAAAGUCGAACGACGAAGGCGAAAUGUGGCCUGCUUUGGUUGAAAAGGCGUAUGCGAAGUUGUUCAACAGUUACUCGGCCUUGAAAGGCGCGAGGCUGGGCGAAGUUCUAAUUGACAUGACAGGCGGCACUUUGGAAACGAUCACGCUCAAAAAACAGUACAAGAACUUGUUCAAAAGGAUUGCGACAGGCGUACAAGAAGGCAAACUGAUGUCGUGUGUGAUUGAGUCAACGUCGUCAGAAGACAGUGGAGAAAUUUUCCAAGGGCUGGUUAAAAACCGUGUCUAUGCUCUAACUUCUACUGAUAUAUUAAGCCAUGGUGAACUAUCGGUCCCUUUGAUUCGUCUCCGCAACCCGAUCCAAGAUAAUCUUGAAUGGAACGGCGACUGGAGCGAUAAAUCGAAUCUCUGGGACUCCAUUCCAGACGUGACUAAAGCGAAACUAGGAGUAGGAUCAGCCAAUGAUGACGGAGAGUUCUGGAUUUCGUUUCAAGACUUUUGCGUCCAGUUUAGCAAGAUUGCGAUUUGUAAUAACAAAAUAAACUCCGGUUGUGUCUCUGAGUUUGACGGCUGUUGGGUGAAAGGAUUGUCAGCAGGCGGAAGCUUGGACAAGGAGACGUUUGGACUCAACCCUCAGUUUAGAUUUGUGAUAACAGAAACAGGCCAAGACAACAUCAUGUGUUCUGUUACGAUUUCACUGAUGCUCAAAACCCUUCGCGGCUUCGACAACUCUCCUCUAGCCAUCGGUUAUACAGUCUUCCCGAUCACUGAUGAUGCGGAAGAUUACAUAGAAGACGGAUGCCGCUUGUCGUCUAAAUACUUCGAAGACCACAAACCGAUUGCGAAGUCUUGCAUGGGAAAGUUCGUCAAUUUCAGAGAGGUUUCACAGACGUUUAAGCUGCCGAUUGGACAAUAUUGUAUAGUUCCCAGCACUGAGACGGCAGACAAAAAGGGUGAAUUCUACCUGAGAGUGAUCACCGACUUUCCUAGCAACCACACAGAUGGCGGAGAAAUGAGAUCGGCUCUCAGAAUGAAAGGAGGCCGAGUAAAACAAAUGUCGAAGUUCGACUCAGAAAACCCGGCAGAUAUUUUGGAGCUGAAGAACAAAUUUGACCAGUUGGCUGGCGAAGACGGCGUAGUUUCUGUAGAGGAGCUGCUUGAGCUGAUGGAAAGCAUGAGCAAAAUUGGUAGCGAGUUCCCCGAAAUGGACAACGCAUAUGCCGUGAUGGCCCUUUUCGACGUAGAUGGAAGCGGUCAUCUUGAUUUUCAGGAGUUUUUGAACGUUCACCGAUUCUUACAAAAGUGCGAGAGAGUUUUCUUGGCUAACUGUGCGGAAAAGGAGGCAAAUAAUAUGACGUCAUUGGAAUUGGAGAAGGCUCUGUCGCAGAUGAAGAUAUUUGUUCCGAGAAAAAUUCUGGGAAUGGCAGUUGCCAGACAUGGCAUCGAGGACACAUGUACCGUGUCCUUCAUGGACUUUGUCACCAUAGUGUGUAAGUUCAAGGCUGUCAUGGGCGCAUGUCGCGAGGACCCAACAGGAGAGAAACUGGUGAUGGCAGCACUGAUCAUGUAGAGACAGAUAAUUAUACAAUCAUUAUAAACAUCUAUUGUAAUGACCCGGCCAUCAGUCUCUCAACAUUCCAAUAUAUCUAAAUAAUUUCUGUCAAGCCCGAAAUUCAUGGUUUUCCGUAAAACUUGUACUAAAAAAAUUUGACCAACGUUUUUUUUGGAAGUUUUGGGC